ACAAGUGAAUUAACAAAUUGUAUCUAGAUCACUAUAUUGAGCCGACCACUACUAUUACUAUUACUACUAUAUUACUAUGAGAGUUGCUAAUUACUGCAUACUAGCGAUAACCUAUUUUAUAACCGCCACUUUAGCAUUCAAACCAUACAAUAAUAGACGAGAGGAUGCAGAUGAAUACCUUCAGUAUCAACGAGAUAAUCAUCAGAUUAAUUUCCAGGACCCAGAUAAAACUGCACAAGUGGGACCUGUGGCAGCAUUGACUGAUUUCCAACCCAUCUAUAGUAUAAUUCAUCCUAACCAGGUCCAAUUCUAUUCAUUUCUGGUGAAUACAACCGGUACUAUCGGAGAAUAUUAUGAAUACUUAAUCUUUGUUUCAGGGAAUAUCUGUUUACAACCUCCUAAUUUAAGUGCAGAAGACAAUUUACAAGUAUUCUAUUCAUUUAAUUCUAAUCUAUUGAAUCAAGUGGUGGAUGAAAAUACUCAUCAGACUAGUUUCCAAUUUGGGUACUUUCAAGCCUUGGGAGAGUUCUUACAGAAUCAAACUCUGUUAGAUCCUGAUCCUACUUUAUAUAUUGCAAUUUAUUCACCUGAUCAUGUCAAUAGUACUGCCUAUUGGAAUUAUCAAAUUGGUGUAUCUCAAGAUAAUUUGGUUUAUCAAUGGGAUUCCAGAAGUUUUGCAAAUGUAUUGGAUACUGAUGAUCAAUCGGCAUUAAUAGUUACUGGUAACUUAUCAUUUAUUCCAGGAUUUAAUCCUAAUCAAUCAUUAGGAAUUGAAAAUGAAGCAUUCAAUUUAUAUAUAUAUGAUUAUGAGUAUAAGAAUUAUUUUAAUAAUUUAAAUCAAAGUGCUUGUGCAAUUAGAAGUGGACCUCAAUUAACUAAUAUUACAGUAAAUACAUCAUAUACUUUCCGAUCAGGUAAUAAUAAUCUUGAACAACAAUUUUAUGUUGAUGGUUUAAAACAAGGUACUAGUUAUAUUGGAUAUCUUGUAUAUGAUUUUGGUCUAACUGAUAAUUCAGAAGCUUUAGGUGGAGCCGUUUAUCAACAAUUUGAAUUCGAAACGUUAGAUUCCGAUGCUUGUUCGGUUAUAUUUGAUUUAGACUUUUGUGAUAAAGUAGCUUAUGCAGUUCCUGAGAUGCCAGGAGUUUCUAAGGAAGAACUUGCCGCUACUUUUGAUAAUUAUACAUCUAAUUUGUUCGUUAAUUUCACUAAUGCUCUACAACAAAUUGCAUGUAAUACCACUGAAAAUGCUGUUUUUUCACCUAUAACUUCAUGUCAAAAUUGUUCUUCAAGUUAUAAGGAUUGGUUAUGUUCAAUAUCGAUUCCUCGAUGUUCUACAAGAAAUAUGACGGGAUAUUUAUAUAGAGAAGUUAAUGAAUCUAGAAAUGAUUUCAUAAACAAUGUGAUUCAACCAAAAUUACCAUACUUUGAAGUAUUACCUUGUAUUGAUAUGUGUCAAGCCAUUGCUCGAGAUUGUCCUGCUGAUUUCGGUUUUAUAUGUCCUACUAGAAAUGAUUCAAUUGCCUUAUCUUAUUAUUGGACUAAUGGUAAUACUCAAUAUCCAACUUGUAAUUAUAUGGGUGCUGUUCCUGAAAUUGAGAAUGCAUCCUCUUCCCUUAUAAUAAACUGGACUUUUGUAAUGUUAGGAUUGAUCAUUACUAUGGUGGUAUACUUAUAGAUUUAGUGUAUAUAGGCAAAUGUACUAAGAACGAAUUAUAUACUGCGGCAUGGGUGUAAGAGAGCCCCUAAGCAAUUUAUACUAUGGCAGAUCGUAAUUUUCAGAAAUAUCUAACGCGUCCCUGAACCUAUAGCUGAUGAAGCAGAGUUUUAAGUUUAGCAUAUAGAACUCGCAUUGACUAUGACUACAGAUAAGAAUAGCGAGAAUCUUCCAUGGGUUGAAAAAUAUCGUCCUGAUUCAUUAGAUGAAGUGUUUGGACAACAAGAUAUAGUGGAUACUGUUAAGAAAUUUGUUCAUGAAGGUAG